UGAUUGAAAGGAAAAAAAAAACAUAACAACAAAAGAAAAUAAAAACAAACAAAAGUCUUUUUCACUAUUAUUUAUCUCUUGAGAUGGGGUUCAGUUGCAACCUUCUUAAUCCACCCCUCCUCUCUCUCUCUCUCUCUCUCUCUCUCUCACACACACACACACACACACACAUCAUCCUCCAUCCACCCAAUCUCUUCCUCUAUGAGGAUCCGAAAGAGACCACCCUUCUCCUCCUCCCACUCCCUUCCUUCUCUACCUCAUCCCUCAGAUCCACCCUGCCAAGUCCACCCACCAAGUGCGAGGCGUGAAACCAAGGAGAGCAUAGCAGGAGAAGUGUUGCACCCAGUUGGGGAUCUGCUGAUAGAUCCCCAUGAGUUGGGGCAGAAUCCGAAAAGACGGCCUGCUCCGGGCCCUCCUCUUUCAGAUCCAGUUGCCAACGGCGACAGCCGCAGUCGUGAGCGUGUGCAGGUGCUGAAGGUGAAGGAGGGGCGGUCGGUGGAUUCCAACCAGAGAUGGAAUGCGAAGGCCGAUAGCAGUCACAGCCACAGGGUACGUGGCAGCUCAGGUGCAGUAGCAUUGGGAGCGGCGGCGCAGACGAAAACGAUGGAAGGAAACGAUGGUGGAAAUGGGGAUGGAGGAUUGGAAACGAAGCUGGUGGAGAAGGAGAAGAAGGCCAAGGUGACGGCGCGAGCAAGCGCUGGUCCUGCCGCAGCUUAUGAUAAUGAUUGCACCAGUGUUGGGGAUAGGGAUAAGGAGGGAUGCGAUGGUGGGGCAGCAGUGGUGAGAGCUGGGAACGGGUCGAACGUUGAUGGGAGGAGGCGGAGGAGCCCGGCUGUGCCGGUGGAGGGUUCGCGGUGCAGCCGCGUCAACGGCAGGGGGUGGCGCUGCUGCCAGAAGACCCUCGUCGGGUAUUCUCUCUGCGAGCACCAUCUUGGCAAGGGAAGGCUGAGGAGCAUGAGAAGUGUCAGAGGUCAGUUGGGUAUACGUAAGCCCCAGUGGAGCACUGGUGGAGGAAAUAGCGUCGCACCAUCAACUUCAGCGCAAAAGCAACCGGAGGAGGAGGAGCACGCUACACAAAGUCUACACUUGCUUGUUGCUGCCGAUAACGAGGUGGGCAAGAUAGAGGAAGAUGAAGAGGAGGAGGAGGAGGAGAAGACGGUAAGGAAGAAGAGGAAGAAGAUAGGCAUGGUGAAGGCCCGAUCUAUCAGCAGUUUGCUUGACGGCACCAACCGCCCGGUGCUGUCGCCGUCGUUGCUAUCGCAGGUGCCGGAAGUUGGCAAUGAGGCAAAGAGCCGUGUGAGUUGAAGCAAUUGGAAGCUGAGGGUGUUGGAUUUGCUUCAUUCUUUUGCUGUUCCUUUGUUCUGCUUUGAUGGAAAACAGGAACACUGUGCAGUUGUUCUAGGAAAUCAUCAUCUACAUGAGAGAGAGAGAGAGAGAGAGA